CCUGCAGUAUUAUUUUCUACAGCUGUUGGCUGUGGCUGAGGCGGCAUGGAUCUCAGCGAGCUGGAGAGGGACAAUACGGGCCGCUGUCGCCUGAGCUCUCCUGUACCCGCCGUGUGCCUCAAGGACCCGUGUGCCCUGGGCGUGGAUGAAGCGGGCCGGGGCCCGGUGCUUGGUGCGCCCCCAGGGGUGCCCCAUGGUCUACGCCAUCUGUUACUGCCCCCUGUCCCGCCUGUCAGAUCUGGAGGCUCUGAAGGUGGCAGACUCGAAGACCUUGACGGAGAACGAGCGGGAGAGGCUCUUUGCGAAAAUGGAGGAGGACGGAGACUUUGUGGGUUGGGCUUUGGACAUUCUGUCUCCAAACCUGAUCUCUACCAGCAUGCUUGGGCGGGUCAAGUACAACCUCAACUCCCUGUCCCAUGAUACGGCUGCGGGGCUGAUACAGUAUGCGCUGGAUCAAGGUGUGAAAGUCACCCAGGUGUUUGUGGACACUGUGGGCAUGCCAGAGACGUACCAGGCUCGGCUGCAGCAGCGCUUUCCAGGGGUGGAGGUAACAGUCAAGGCCAAAGCAGACUCCCUGUUCCCCGUGGUCAGUGCGGCCAGCAUCUUUGCCAAGGUGGCUAGAGACCAGGCUGUGAAGAGCUGGCAGUUUGUGGAGAGUGUACAGGAUCUGGACUCUGAUUAUGGCUCAGGCUAUCCCAAUGACCCCAAGACGAAAGCCUGGCUGAGGAAACACGUGGACCCUGUGUUUGGCUUCCCGCAGUUUGUUCGGUUCAGCUGGAGCACAGCCCAGGCCAUCCUGGAAAAGGAGGCCGAAGGUGUCACGUGGGAGGACUCAGCAGCGGAGGAGGAUCCUGAGCGACCUGGAACGAUCACCUCGUACUUCCUCAGCCAGGGCCCUCAGACCUGCCGCCCACAGGUCCCCCACAGAUACUUCCAGGAGCGAGGCCUGGAGGCAGCCAACAGCCUCUAGAAGCAAACGUGUGAACCUGCUGCCUCUUACUCAGGAAUUAAAGCUGUUCAGGAGAA